CUCCAAGCUUAUCAGUUCGCGCUAGGCAGCCGUGCAAUGCGUUGGUUUCUCUUCUUGCGGUUCGAUCGUGCCUUGAAUUUUACGCGUUACGUGACACGCAUACACACACGCCCGCCGGUUCGCCGCCUAUGAGAGUCGGUCGUUAAACUUCCGCUGAUCGAGCAGCAAGCAAAACUGUCAGUUCCGGUGCAGCACGAACAUCCCCCUCGAAGACCGGCGCGUGGAAGCUUCUUCAGACGAAUCCGGAAUACUUCACACCUGCGAAUGUACUUCACAAUAUGGAUAGUUGUUCUUGCCCAAUUCAGAAAUAUUCAACUUGCAACCGGGGAAGAAAUGGCGUCGGAGUCGCCACGGGUGCCGUGCGACGGCCAGAAUCGCACAGAGGAGGAUCUCCAGACGUUCGACUUCAUCAGCAAGCUAAGAUUGGAUCGCUUAGAGCCGCAUUACGUCGCUUUGACACGGGUCAGAGGUAGCAGCCUCUUGCAAACAGCUUACAGAUUGGGAAAAGACACCGACGUCACUCUGCCAACGAAGGACAUACUUCCGAACGAUUUGCCAGAGGAGUUCAGUGUAGUCUGCACGUUCCGAGCCAGGAAACUGCCAAAGUAUACUUGGCAUAUUAUCAGAAUCAUCGACAUGGAAAACGAGCCCCAGUUUUUAAUAGCGGCGAACACGAAAACUCUGACUCUGGACAUUUCUAUGAAAGAUGCGGACGGGGGGCUGCAGAACGUGUCGUUUCCAGCGGAACGUAUAUUCGACAAAAACUGGCACAAAGUCAGCAUCGGUGUAUUCAAGGACCGACUGGUGGUUCACAUCGACUGCGAGAACGUUGGCGCGCUACCGUUGAAGCCACGAGGACCGAUUAAACUCGAUGGGAAAAUCUCCGUAUCGAAGAUGUCCCACAGCACAGUCACCGUGCCGAUCGAUAUCCAGUGGAUGGUCUUAAAUUGCGACCCGGCGAGAUCGGCGCGAGAAACCUGCGAGGAGCUGCCGAAGAGCCUUAGCAGUCCUUUAUUACCUCAGAGGCGGCCGACCUGCGAAAUUAUCUGUCCACAGGGGCCGGCAGGAAUUAAUGGCACAAAUGGCCCAGCCGGUUUGCCUGGACUACCUGGACCGCCCGGGCCAACCGGAUCAACCGGACCCAUGGGUGCACCCGGUCCAAUCGGCCGACCAGGACAAGUCGGACCCCCGGGGGAGAAAGGCAAAAUCGGCCCGCCAGGAUUAACCGGAGCCCGGGGUUUCCCCGGAUUGCUCGGUCCCAAAGGACCCAUCGGGCUAAUCGGACCCCUCGGCUUGAAAGGAGAACCCGGCGAACGAGGCGACAUGGGAUUUCCCGGACUGAAAGGUGACCAGGGUUUGCCGGGACCACAGGGCCAUCCCGGUGCACCGGGCCCACCCGGAAACGUCAGCGAUUACGGCGAUGUAUUGUCACGGUUCGUGGCCACGCCGGUUUAUGGGAGCCAGCCGGGUGAAAAGGGCUCCAAGGGCGAACAGGGCGAGUCUGGCGACAGAGGUCAGCAAGGUCAGAAAGGUGAACAAGGAGAACGAGGUCCUCCAGGUCGGGAUGGAAUUUCAGGAGUCGACGGGACGCCAGGCACGCCUGGAUAUGCUGGUCCGAAGGGAGCGGCAGGAUUACUAGGACUACCGGGGCCGCAAGGAUUUCAAGGACCUCCGGGCGAAAUUGGCCUAACGGGUCCUCCCGGAGCACAAGGUCACAAGGGCGAGCCUGGUGAACCUGGACGAAACGGUCUACCAGGCCCGACCAUUGGCUCUGCAACGCCGGGCCUACCAGGCCCUGAAGGUCCUCCGGGCCCACCCGGAGAAGACGGUCUUCCUGGUCCGAAGGGCGAUCCGGGCCCCGUUGGUCCAGAAGGCUCGCCAGGAUUGAACGGACAAACUGGCUCCGCGGGUUUCCCAGGAGCGCAGGGACCACCGGGUCGACCGGGGGAACCGGGUCCUCCGGGACAACGUGGCGCCGACGGCUUGAUUGGAAUGCCGGGAGCAUCAGGAUCCGAGGGGAAGCCUGGCCUCAAAGGCGACAGAGGCCCACCGGGGGAGCGAGGUCCUACGGGACUACAAGGCCUCCCUGGAAACCUUGGGCCUGUUGGUUUGCCGGGAGCCACGGGUUUCCCAGGGUUGGAAGGACGACCCGGUCCGUCGGGCCCGCCUGGUCCUCCAGGACCGCCAGGAUCUUCCGACGCGAAAGCGGAUAUGUUCACCACGAACGACGUUCUGGAGACGAUCGGUAGCCCGGGCAUCAGUGGGCCCAGAGGUGUGCCAGGUUCUCCAGGAUUGCCAGGUGAAAGAGGACCGUCCGGGGAGCGGGGCCCGGAAGGCCAGAUAGGACCGGUCGGCAUGCCUGGAAAGGACGGGGCGCCGGGACUUCAGGGACCGUCGGGGGUCAGAGGUCAAACGGGGAUGCCGGGCGUUCAAGGACCGCCGGGCCGCAGUAUCAGCGAGUCGGAGAUUCGGGACAUAUGCGCGACCGUGUUGCGAGAGCAGAUGACCGAGAUCGCGGCGCUGAUGCAAGGUCCGCCCGGCCCAGCAGUCCGAGGCCGUCCGGGUCGUCCUGGCUCACCUGGUCCACAAGGUCGCCCAGGUGAUCCAGGUCCUCCAGGUCUGCCAGGAGAACGCGGCUUCGUAGGUCUACCCGGACCACAAGGUCCUAUGGGUCCUCAAGGUCAAGUUGGCGAACGAGGAGAGAAAGGCGACAGAGGACCGGAAGGCUUCGGCGUCGAAGGUCCCGUUGGCCCUAGAGGAUUGCCUGGACCACCCGGUAACGAUGGUAUAGGAUUGCCCGGCAGGCAAGGGGAACGGGGGGAAACGGGCAGACCAGGUCCCGCAGGAAGGAUGGGCCCACCUGGCCCGAAAGGUUUGCCAGGAUUUUGCGAAUCGUGCAAUCACGAUAGCUCCGGCUACUUACAGUACAUCCGGAGCAACGAGAAAGGACCUUAAAAUACGCAGCUGUAUUUUUAUAAGCUUAUAAAGUACAAUUAACAUUUUAACGUGUCCACGAACGAUAAAACUUUUUCCGCUCACAUGUUUAAAAGUCUUUAAAAGACACUGCCACUUCAAGACAAUACUCUAUUAACAUCGUGUAUUUAAGUACGACAAUCAUGUUAUUCCUUAAGAAUAAUUAAUGCGAGUUAUUACUUAAUAUGCUGGUCAUUAUAUUACAAUUGUAUGUACAAAUGUUCUCGUGCAGAUAGUGCCGAAUAAAUAUUUUUUAAGAAACAAGA